AUGUUGCUUACUGAAGAUAGCUUGAAUCAUCAGCAUGUGAUACGAUUCAAAGGUGCAUAUACAUUUUCAAAGAAUGUCAAGACUAGAAAACUUUCAAGAAGGGGAUGUUACAAUUGCAAAAAAAAGAAGAUCAAGUGUGAUGAGAGAAAGCCCUACUGUACCUAUUGCACAAAGAGAAGUAUUUCAUGUACAUGGCCACAUAGUAAAGCUGUUACUAGGAGUCAAGCAGGUAUAGUCACUAGCACAUCGAGUGACCCAAAUGGUAGUGAAAAGUCUUCCGAAAAUAAUGAUAGUUCGAAUUUUGUCAUAAGCAAGCACUUUGACUCUGUUAGUAAUGCCUAUGAGGGCCUUAUGAGAACUAAUCUCGUACAGUGUUAUUCCAUGAUUGAGCAAACAGUUAACGAGACCAUACCGACCCACAUUACUUUCUCCCAUUAUCAGACUCUUGGAUACUAUAGCUUUGUCGAUGGGGUUCUAAAAAAUCUCGCAACCUCAUACUACAGAGAAAAGAUAUCUUUGGCCAAAGUAUUAGAAGAGCAAUGGAAUGAGAGUACGAUUAUGAGGGAAAUUUUCUUUACAUGUGGAUUCGCCUUCUUACUUUUUGAAGGUAACAAGUUUCCAUCUAUGAUAUAUAAGAAGUAUCUAAAAACCGUUUCUUAUUUUAUUGAGGUUAUCAAAAGCGGUAAUGUGUUAGAUGAUUUUUUACUCAUAGAAGCAGUACAAGUCUUACAAUUCUUGACUUUGAAAGACUUUUUUGUUGGAAGCUUGCAGAGACAGAGUAUUAAUCAUCUUAUUGCAUUUUAUAAUCUCUUAUUAAAUAAAAUUCAAAAUAUGCUACUGCAAAAUAUGAGAAAUGCCAAUGACGUUUGGAAGGAAGUACUACUCCGAUAUUCUUUUAUGAGGCCGAUAAUGGAAAUUUUUUUGAUUAACUACUCAUUUCUUUUAUUAUUUUGUGACUACGACCUUCUUGAUAGCUUAAUUCAUAUAUCACUCGAGAAGGCCAUAUUCUUUCAAGUUAGCUUAACACUGGUAAAUGAGAUUGAAGAUAAUUGGUUCGACGAAGAGGUCUUUAGGAUUACUAAUGAAUCCUUCUUGAUAUCCUCUAGGCUCACUUGGAUUUUACGAAAGGAGCUUCCUUUGAGUGAAGAAAAUAGAAAAAUCCAAGUCAAUGUACUCAAUGUGUGCACAUCAUAUUUGAAUCUGCUUUUGACAUUAAAGAAGAAUUGUCGAAAGGCAGAGUUGCUAAGAAAUAUAUUAAAAGGAUGCAUAGUAUUAAAAAGCUGUAUUAUUAUUUAUAAAAAAAUAUGCAAUCCUCAUCUUCAAAUAGGCGAGUUUGUUGAUGACAUAAAUGAUUUGAUAAGUUAUGUUAGCAAUGCUGUGAAUGAUAAUGAGAUGUUGCCUGUAUGGUGCUUAUUCAUAGGUGCAUUGUCUUCCAAAUCAAGUGACCAAAGGCUUUUCUUUAGAUCGAGAAUUUCAGAAAUAGUUACUUGCAUGAGGUCCUAUUCUGUCCUCUCUGUUCUUAAUUGGCUUGAUAAGAAUUGGCAAUCUUUUGAUGCUGACGUAUUGUUUAACGAUUACUUCUCGGGACGCUUAUCAGAAUCAUUUUCCAUUUGA